AUGGCAACAGCUGUUUCAUCAUAUAAUGAUAUUCAAUUGGAAACAAUUCAAGAAGUAUCAUGCUCAACAUCAUGUUCAUCAAAUUCAACAACAUCUUCAUCAUCAAAUUCGCCAAAACAAAAUAAAGUAUCACCUGGAUAUAGAAAUAAACCCCAACAACAACAACAUAAAAAAGGUCACAAAAUGGGAAAUUAUCUCUUGGGUAAAACUAUUGGAUCUGGUACAUCAAGUAAAGUUAAAAUCGGUACAAAUAUAUUAACUGGAAAACAAUAUGCUAUUAAAAUAACAAAACCUAAAAGAAUAAAAGAAAGAAAAGAAAUUGAAAGAGAGAUUUCAAUUUUAAAACGUUUAAAACAUGAUAACAUCAUUCAAUUACAUGAUGCAAUUUAUGAAGAUGAUGUCGGUAGAAUUUGUUUGAUUUUAGAAUUAGUUUCUGGUGGUGAAUUAUUUGAUUACAUUGUCGCCCGUGGUAGAUUAUCAGAGAAAGAAGGUAGAAAAUUCUUUAGACAAAUGCUUUGUGGUUUAAUCUAUUGUCAUUCAAAUAUGGUGUGUCAUAGAGAUUUAAAAUUGGAAAAUUUAUUAGUUGAUGAAGAUGGUAAUUUAAAAAUUAGUGAUUUUGGUUAUAGUAAUAUAAUUAAACCAGGAAAUUUAUUAUCAACAUUUUGUGGUUCUCCAGUUUAUGCACCACCAGAAAUUUUAUUAGAAAAAAGAUAUAAUGGUAAUGAAGUUGAUAUUUGGAGUAUGGGUGUAAUUUUAUAUGCAAUGGUAACUGGUCAAUUACCAUGGACAUUAACUGAUGGUGUUCAAGUUGAAGGUAUGGAUAGAUUGUUAAGAGGUGAAUUCAAAUAUCCAUCUCAUGUAAUUUUAAGUGAUGAUGUUAAAGAUUUAAUCAAUAGAAUGAUUGUUGCUGAACCAGUUGAAAGAGCUACUCUUGAUGAAAUUAAAACUCAUGUUUGGGUUAAUAAGGGUUAUGAUAUGGAACCUGAUCAAGAAUAUAAUAAAAAAGUUUCUGAUCGUUUAGAAAAAGAACAACAACAACAAACUCCACAACAUCAACAAACUCAACAACAACUACAACCACAAUCUCAACUACAACAACAUUCACCAAGAUCACCAAAACCAUUAUUUGUUGACACAAUUAUUGGUAGUAAUAGACCAUUAAAUCAAAGUUCACCAAAUUUAACUAUACCACAAAAUAAACAAUAUGUUAGUAGUAAUUCUAAUAUUAACAUUAACAUCAACAACAAUAAUAAUAAUAAUAGUAAUGUAAUUAAUAAUUCAAUUAAACCAAUUCAAUUUAAUUCAUCAUCAUGUUUGGAUGAAAAGAAAAUUAAUUGUAGUGCACCAACAUCACCACAUUCAAUUUCACCACAAUUUAUAUCACCAUCACCAUCAACUUCAACAACACCACCAUUAUCACCAUUAUCGGUUAGUGGUCAAAGAAGUCCACCAACAUUUUCAAGUAAUCCAAAUAUUGGACAUAUUCCAAAUAAUAAUCAUAAUAGUUUAAGUAGUUCACAAAAUAAUAUUAAUACCUCUGGUAAAAAUCAAUAUCACCAUCACCAUCAUCAUCAAAAUCAUCAUAGUACAAGUUUAUUUCAUAAUAUUUUCAAAAAGAGACAAUCUGUUACAAGUGUUUCAGCAAAUUCCUCACCUGUUAUUGUUUCAAGUAAUGGUGGUUUAAACAAUAAUAAUCAUAACAAUAUUUUACAUGUUAGUAGUAGUAAUAUUAAUGUUGAUGGAGCAUCUGCAAGUGCACCUCAAUUUUCAUCAUCUUCAUCGAAAAGAAGAUUUAGUUUGGAGGAUAUUGUCAAAGCAAUUACCAUUAGAUCUGGAAAAGGAAAGAAUCCAAAGAUUCGUUCAAUGAAAGGACCUUUCAAUAGUGGAACAACUACAAUGUUAAAUCCAAUUCAAUUGAUUGAACACAUUGAAGAAAAUUUAAAUUCAACUCAAAUUUCCUACCGUAGAAACUUUUAUGUUUUUGAUUGUAAAACUUUGUGUCCAAGAAAUGAAACAAUCAAUUUCGAAAUUGAAGUAUGUAAAGUAAAUGGUAUGGAUAUGUAUGGUAUUAAAUUUAAAAGAUUAUCUGGUGAUGCUUGGUCAUAUAGUUCUUCUUGUAUUAAAAUAGUUGAAUCUUUAAAACUUUAA